UCAUUAGCAUACAUUAGCAGCAGGGCAGGUGCAGUGAGGAGGCAGCAGAGGGGAAGCAGUUUCUUCACCAUGGCUUCUGCUCACACAAUACAUGGCUGCAUUGUCCUGGGGAUAUUUCUGCUCAGCACUGCAGGAAGAGUUUUAUCCCAAGAAGUGCAGGCUGAGAAUGUUACGGUGACUGAGGGAGGCACUGCCGAGAUUAGCUGCCAGCUCCACCAAUAUGACGGGUCUAUCGUGGUGAUCCAGAAUCCUGUUCGCCAGACCCUCUUUUUCAAUGGCACACGUGCUCUCAAGGACGAGCGCUUUCAGCUGAUCGAAUUUAACCAGAAAUUGGUGAAGAUCCACCUGCUAAAUGCCAAGCUGGACGACGAAGGGGGUUACUUUUGCCAACUGUAUACAGAGGACACGCAUCAUCAGAUUGCCACGCUUACUGUGAUUGUUCCCCCUGAAAACCCAUUGGUGGAAGUAAGCGAACAAGCCGUAGAAGGUGGAGAGGUCGAGCUAACGUGCAUUGCACCACGGACGAAACCAGCAGCCACGCUGACCUGGCGGCGUGAUCGCCGUGAGCUUCGAGGUUUUGCAAGCAAGCAGGAGAAUGGAAAAACCUUCAGCAUAACGAACACAAUUCGAUUUCCAGUGGAGAGAAGGGACAAUGGGGAGAUAGUGACCUGCGAGGCCUCUCACCCGGCUCUUAAAGGACAGAAGAAGCAAACACAAUACGUGUUGGAUGUUCAGUAUUCUCCUACGGCUCGCAUUCAGGCCUCCCAAGCCGUGGUUCGAGAGGGUGACGAGCUUAAUCUGAAAUGUGACGUGACCGGUAACCCAAGGCCGGCUGAGAUCAUCUGGAGCCGUCUUAACGAUUCAUUACCAGAACGAGCGCAGAUACAGGGUGACCUUCUGACCUUCUCCUCGCUCAGCCUGCAGGACAACGGAACCUACAGCUGCCAAGUCUCCAACAAGCACGGCCGCUCCUCGGACCAGUAUGUGUUGGUGGUGUAUGACCCAGGAGCGAUCAUUGAGGCCCAAACCCAAGUCCCCUACGCUGUCAUCGGUGGAAUCCUGGCACUACUUGUCUUCCUCGUCAUAUGUGUCCUUAUUGUCAUGGUCUGGUGCUCCGUCCGACAGAAAGGUUCCUACCUGACCCACGAAGCGAGUGGACUGGAUGAACACGGAGAAGCGCGGGAGGCAUUUCUAAAUGGCGGAGAGAACCACAAGAGGAAGGAGGAGUUUUUUAUUUAAAGACUCGCAAGAAAAUGUCCCAACACAGUAUUAAUAACCUGACUUUUUUUAUUUUAUGUUACCUUUGGAGGGUGGGGGACGGGAACGUUCAUAAAGAAUGGGGGCCCUAGAAAUCGAAGUGUUUAACCCCUUCACUACAAGGGGUGGUCAAUGCCAAGCAUUGCAUGCCCCCCUUUCGGGGAAGGGAUUAUUAUAAUUUAGAGUCCAAGGAACCCGCCAUUAUGUAUGACAGUCAUUGGGGGCUGUAGAAAUUAUAAGCCAGGGUCACUGAUUUGAAGUGAAGGACGAUGAACAGAUCUCUGAUAUUUCUCCUCAUCCGGGAAAUUCAAUGUGUUUUUUUGCAAUUUUUUUCCUAUGUUUUUAUAAAGAGAACUAUAGUGAGGUUUGCUUGGAAGGGGUCUGGAAGUAGGGGGCAGUGGCUGAUAUUAGGGGCUUGGGGUUUAGAUCUCUAUAAGACAUAGCAUUAGUGCUGCUACUGAACAACAGAUUUUAAGGCAGUAUUCGGUCUGGCACCUUUUGGGUACAGAGGGUCUUGCAUGUAGUACACUGUAGAGCUUCUUAUGAUACAGACACUGGCACCAAACAGACAAAAACAAGCUGGCACCACGUUUCUAGGCUUGGAGAGAUCAGAAGGCCACGCGACUUGGCUCUCCUAGGAUUUUACGGCUCUGAGGGCAGGCCCUGGGCUACAGAGCAGUGCUCACAAUAAUAGCUUGGAAGGGAAGUGAGCUGGGCAGAAUGGGUAGUGAUUUGUACCAGUGCAGGCUCAGUAUUAAGAGCGUGACGUUUGUUUAAUCACCUUAAUUAGCCAGAAAUCAGAACAGCUCAGAGUCCCCAGUGACGGAGGAGAGUGCUGCAGGGAAAGAGAACCCAUAAUUCACAGGUUUAAAAGGGAGAACGAGAGCAAUUCAAGAUGCUCUGUGAAAUGAGACUUUACAGCCAAUACGAGGAAGCUAGUAUGAUCCAUUUAUUACUCACAUUACCAGGCCUGCAGCGUAUUAGCCACUAGUAAAAUUAACCAGUUACAAUUCAUAUAUACUCACAUUGGGCCUGCAGCAUACAAGGGACUAAAAACAAUCUCCAGGCCUGAUUCCAUACCUUCCAAGUGUCCCUAUUUAGGAGGGACAGUCCCUAUUUUAGGCCCCAAACCCUCUGUCCCUCUUUUCGAUCCUAAUGUCCCUCUUUUGUACACAGCAAUAAUACUCCCAGUAAACGACAAUAAAUGUGUAUAGAAAUCAAUCCGUGUAAAGUAGAUACAUCGUUCUUGUUCUAAAUUACAUUUUAUAAAUUAUUAUUAGUAAGUCACCUACAUUUCUCAGAACAGCCUCACCCCACACCCCUAAAAUUAAAGUAUCCCUCUUUGUCCAUUUGAAAUGUUGGGAGGUAUGUAUUACCGUUCAACAUACAAUACAAUAACUAAUUACCAGCUAAUCCUACAUUAUAAUAAUAAUAAUGAUAAUAACCAAUUCAGAUAUACCUACAUUACCAGGCCAGUAACAUUUAGGGGACCGGUUAAAACAGCCAGUUACUAUCCAUAUAUCAACCUAUUGUACAGCGCUGUGGAAUUUGAUGCUUUAUCAAUCAUAAUAACAAAUAUACCCACAUUGCCAGACCUGCAGCCUUUAAAGAGCUAGUUAAAAUGGCCAGUUACCUCCCAUGCCGUCCCAUAUUACUGGGCCUAAAACCUAUAUGGGGCUAGCUACAACAUAGAAACAUAGAAUGUGACGGCAGAUAAGGACCAUUCGGCCCAUCUAGUCUGCCCAAUUUUCUAAAUACUUUCAUUAGUCCCUGGCCUUAUCUUAUAGUUAGGAUAGCCUUAUGCCUAUCCCACGCAUGCUUAAACUUCUUUACUGUGUUAAGCUCUAUCACUUCAGCUGGAAGGCUAUUCCAUGCACCCACUACUCGCUCAAUACUCAGUUGUACAUUAGAGGGCUUGAAGAACUUAAAUGUGUCUACCCACAUUUGACCACAAUAGUUACUAACCCUCUUUAUCAGCCAUGUAUACCCACAGGAGACUAGUUACAAAAACAGAUGACAUCUACAUCCGCCCAAUGCCCGAGUCCUAGACCAGUCCUAGAGUCUAAAGAUAACUAAUUACACUGGCCAUAUUCAUGUUCAUAUAUAGAGCUGCAACUUAAUAAAGUAAUGUUAAGAACUAGUUAUAUUAACCCAUUGUGCUAUAUCCGCAGUGCCUGUAAUAACUUGCAUGGGUAUCUAUACUCCAGGUUUUCUAGUAAAAAGGGAUUAAACGGUCAAUCUUACCAUAAAAGGAGCAAGUUAAGAUACCACGAGUGCUACAAAAUCAGAACUAGAUUGUACUGGGAAAUAGUUAAACUCACUAGCUUUUUAUUAAGUUUGGGUUCAACCCCUAUUAUAAACUAAUAAACCGGUCACCAUCUCAUCUAGGAAACUAGUCACCAGAUAGAACAUCAAAUAAAAUAAUUUCUAAUAUUAUCAGCCCUGCUAAAGGCAAAAAUGAACAGAUCCCCAGAUCUGAUAACUGACCGUCUUAGGUACCUGUUAAAAAACACACACACAUUAAACAUCCAGCAUUAACAAGUACAAAUUGUGAAACAGCCGAGUUGAGUCCCUUCUAUAAUUCCUAUCCUCAGCAGUACACAGUUUCUACCACGUUAAGCCAUAAUUGGCAUCAGUUUUAAGUAUCCUUUGGUCAGAGACCUCUGCCGAUACUAAAAAAAUAAUAUUAAAAUAAAUUUGAGAAAUUUUUGCUGCUGAUUUUUGCUGCUGUCAAAUAUCAAUCAGAUUGAGGGAUUUCCUGAUGAGAUCUAAUUAGCUCUGUUGUUCUCCUGUACAUGGAAGUGGAAAUUUAAUUUUUAAUGAUACAAAAUGUCCACUUCACCCACUGUUGGUUAGUUAGAAAUAUUUCAUCAGGUGUAAAGGAGAUUUCUGAUGAUGGUUCCAUUUUUGACGUUGGACCCUCCGAGAUAUGUAUUUCGAAAUAACGUUUACAGAAUACGGUAUUUUGGGGACUUGCUAGAACCGUAAGGAACAUUUUUCUCUAACUCACAGUAUUUAUACGGCACACACUGCAUUACAAACACAAUAUGCUUUCUCAUAUAGCUUCCUUUAAAAACCUGUCACACAGAUACCUUCACUCCAUUUUCUAUCAGGUAGAGGUUGUCUGUGGAAAGGGAAACAGAGGAAGGAAAGGUUUAGUAAGCAGGAAAGAGGCAGGUGAGGUAUUACAUGGGGAUGGGUGGAAUACAAUUCUCAGCAAGUUGUACUUGGCUCUAAAGAAGGAAGAAUACUGCUCGGUAGAAUAGAUUAGGUUAGAGAAGGUCCCGUAAAUAGGGAGGUAAAUGAUCUACAAAUGGAUGGAAGGAGGCAGGACAAGACUGUACAGGGGAACUAGGAGGGUACUUAACUGAAGAAAGGAACGAGGAAGGAUACUGCACUGUAAAGGGGAAGGAGGAAGGGCAUUCUGCUCCCAAGUGUGAAAAGGAUACUGCACUCCAGAGGGGAAGGAGAGAGGGCACUGCGCUCCAUAGGGGAAGGAGAGAGGGCACUGUGCUCCAGAGGGAAGGAGAGAGGGCACUGUGCUCCAGAGGGGAAGGAGAGAGGGCACUGUGCUCCAAAGGGGAAGGAGAGAGGGCACUGCGCUCCAGAGGGGAAGGAGAGAGGGCACUGCGCUCCAGAGGGGAAGGAGAGAGGGCACUGCGCUCCAGAGGGGAAGGAGAGAGGGCACUGCGCUCCAGAGGGGAAGGAGAGAGGGCACUGCGCUCCAGAGGGGAAGGAGAGAGGGCACUGCGCUCCAGAGGGA